AUGACAACGUCGACACUACAAAAUGGAGAUUCCAUAUCAUCAUCGACCAUCAUCACAACGAAUAGUUUAAAUUCUUCACAAGUAUUGCAAUUACAAUCUAAUCAUAGUGGUGUCAGUUUUAUUCUCAUUCUCGAUGGAUGUGUUUUUUUAUUGGGGUUAUUGAUUUUGUUUUGUUGUCUUCAAAAUUUAAGAUUAUGGAAGAAGAAGAAACAGCCAUCCGUGAGUAGUAGUAGUAGUAGCACUCCAUCAUCACCCAGUUUAUCCUCCUCCUCCUCUGCUCAACAAAAUGUUCUUUCUCGCUUCUUUUAUCGACUCUAUUCUUGGCUCUUCCUUGAAAGUGAAUAUGUGAAAAUUGGAAAAUUAUAUGGACAAGAAGUGAGCGUGUAUUUGUGGUAUCAACAUCAAUUCAUAUUGUUUUUUGGAUUUGCAAUGGUGAUUGGAUUGAGUGUCUUGUUGCCAUUGCAUUUGACAGGAACACCAACCAUUGCCAAUUCGAGUCUUUUAAAUACCACUCAGAUUGAGACCUCUUCUUUUCUGUAUAGAACCAGUGUGAAUAUGGUGUUGUCACUUCCUGAUCGAAUGUAUGCUCAUGUGAUCUUGUUUUAUGCCUUUUCACUUUUGGUGUUCUUUUUAUUGCACCGAUUUUCCUCAUCAAAGUUUGUGACACAAUAUAUUAAUAUGGAUGGUGGAGGAGGAACUGUCGAUAGUAUUGAAUCUGAUACUGGUAAUCACAACAACAGCAAUUCAGCAUCUACUGGUGCUGAUCAAGGACGAUUACUGACCUUGUCCAAUACAAAUGCUCCUUCCAAUUAUGGAUCGACUUACAGUAUGGUCAGCAACUAUGCUGUACUUGUCAAGGAUCUUCCAGUUGAAUGCACUGACAAUAUGAAAUUUAGAAAAGCAGUGGAAAGUGUAUUUCCAAAUUUAAGAAUUUAUUCCUGUCGAUUAAUUCAUGAUACGAGUGAACGAAUUAAACUCGAAGAGGAAUACCAAAACGCUCUCCAACAAAUCAAACACUAUGAAUUUGUGAAAAAUGAAACAAAUAAGCAUGUGAAAUUGAUCAAGUUAUUCGAAUCGAGCUCCAAGAAGGCCAAUUGCUUUUCAAAAAUUGUUGAGAGAGUGGAUGCCUUGAAUUAUUGGAGAGAACAAAAAGAAAAAUUAGAACAAAAAAUUUCUGAUUGGGAACAUACGUUUGAAAUGAUGCCAAAAGCAACUGGAUAUGGCCACAUAAUUUUCAAAUCGAUUCAUGACGCAUCCGAGUGUAAAUCUCAAUGCAUGAAUGGCUUGAAAUGGUUCAAAACUAAUGAAGGACUUGAUUUCCGAAUUGAACCUCGUACCUACGAACCAAGUGACAUCAAUUGGAAGAAUUAUGCUGUGACAAGUAAGCAAAGAGGUGUAAGAGUUGGAUUUGUGAAUGUUGCACUUCUCAUUUUGUUGCUAUUUUUCACAAGUCCUCUCGCUAUUGUGUCUGCAAUUCAAACAAUUGCAAACAGAAUUCCACAAGCUGCUGAAGCGUUCAACCAAUUGAAACAAGCAAGUGGAUAUACUGGAGAUUUAUUGUUCCACUAUUUGCCAACUCUAUUACUCUUCUUAGUAACUCAAUUAUUGCCAAUGACUAUUCCAAUAUUAACCUCAUUGGAGAAAUAUAAGGCCUAUUCUGAAGAGUCUCGAGUUUACCUUUUGAGAUUAUUUGUUUAUUUGAUUCUGUCAACAUUGGUACUUCCAGUUUGUUUAUUGACAUCAUUGGAUGGUAUUUUACGUUAUUUCCAAACAGAAGGAAGCGGAGAAGAUUGGAGAACUUUGUUCGAUCGAUUAUUUUUACCUCAAUCGGGUGCCUUCUUCUUGAACUAUGUCAUUCAAUAUGCCUUGUUGGGAUGUUUUGUUGACAUUAUUCGAAUGAAAGAUCUUAUCAAAUAUUUCUAUUUGAGAUUUAAGAGUGUCACAGAGGAGGAAAAGGAACAAGCAACCACCAUUGCUGAAUUUGAUCUUCCUCUCGAAUAUGGAUAUUUAACAAGCUAUUUUGGAAUUUUGUUAACCUUCUCUGUAUUCGUUCCACUUGUGUUACCAGUUGGAUUUUUCUACUUUUUAGUGAAGCACAUUGUUGAUCGAUACAAUAUUUCAAGAUUGUGCUCAAAGAAUGAUCGAGCUCGAUUCAAAAUCUCACCAGACAUUACAUCCUAUCGAGAGAGAAACAAAAUGGUCGUACAAAAAACCUUUGCAUGUCUCAUCCUUGCUCAAAUUUACAUUACUCUCUUCUUUGCCAAGACUGGUGAUGUGACUUAUAUUCAUCUCUUCCUCAUGUCUCUCAUAUUGAUAUUGAGUGUUGUGUAUUGUUUUUAUUGGACAGCUUCUUACAAGACAACCUUUGUACCCUCUGUUGCAUCAUCCGCACAAUCUUUUUUGCAAGGUAAUAGUAGUAGUGGCGGUGGUGUGAGUGGUUUUACAAGUUCCUUCUUUGGUUCGAGUGGAAGUGGUGAUUCUCUCAUUGAGGGUGCUUUUUAUAGCGAAGAGGAAGAGCUUGCCAUUUUCUCCUCGCAAUUAGACAAGUUCAGUGAAUGUUAUUUCCCACCUCAUGCUUUGCAAGGCAUGUCAGGAUUGAGAGAACAAAAGGAGGAGGAAAUGAAACAACAUUUGAAUCAAAUCCAACUCUGA